UGUGUUUUUUCUGCACCCUAACUUCGACUUGGACGAAUCUGUUUUUUGCCCCUGCGGCUAUGAUGGGCUGUUAGCAAGCGUAUUGUUUUUCCCUGUCUUGGCUUCUGCCAUUAUACUUUAUUUUAGAAUCGUCAGUCCUGUUCCGAAACGAAUCCCCAACGCACUGAAGCUCGACAACCUCGAAUGCCGGCUUGAAAAUACCCUCCAAGGGGCAAGCCACUCUGCUUCUUCGGCCCUCGACCAUGUCAGCCCACCCCACGGCCGCCACGGCCGCCGCGGCCACCACCACCCCGGCCGACGAUGCCACCCCGCUCACGGCGCUGUGCGGCGUGUGCCACGUCUCGGCGCCCAGGUACCGGUGCCCCCGGUGCGCGGCGCGGACGUGCUCGCUGGCCUGCGUGACGAAGCACAAGUCCCGGGCCGGCUGCAGCGGCGCGCGCGACCCGGCUGCCUUCGUGCCGGCCUCGCGCCUACGCACCCCCGCCGGCAUCGACCACGACUACAACUUCCUGUCGGCCAUCGAGCGCGCCCGCGACCGCGCCGCCCGCGACGUCGCAGGCCGCACGGGGAUCGCUCCGCCCGUCGACGCGCCCGACGAGGUGCCGCCGGACCAGGCCAACGGCGGCGGAAACCAUAGCCGGAGAGGUGGGGGCGGUGGCGGAGGGGGGCGCGGCAGGGGAGGGAGAGGUGGCGGUGGUGGUGGCAGUGGUGCGGCGUCGGGCGCCAAGGAGCAGCAGGUGCGAUUCCGCAAGAUCUGGCGCGGCGACGAGCUGAUACACGUGCCCAUCGACCCGGCCAGUUGGGGUCGGCAGCGGCAGCAGAUGGACCACAUGGGCGACUACCGCCAAGCCGGCGGCGCGGAGCCGACGACGGAGGAGCAGCAGCCUAAGGAGGAUGAAGACGAGGACAAGGAGAUGCCGGACGUCGACGGCGCCGCGCCCCCGCGACAGCAGCAGCCGGAGCAGGAGUAUGGGCGCAUCAGCUGGUUCCCGCAGGCGAUGGGCAAGGCCGAGAAGGCGAAGUGUAGGGACCUCGACAUCGAGGUCAUCGCCGCCCCGACGGGCCUGGCCCGGCAGCGCGAGAACAAGACGGCGUGGUACAAGCGCGGCAAGGGGAUUAAGUGGACUGUCGAGUGGCUGGUGUACGACCUGGUCGAUAAGGAGGAAUCGGGCCAUGCCGAAAGCGACACCAGCAGUGACACUAGCAGCAGUGACAACAGCAGCAGCAGUGAGAGCGAUAGCGAGAGCGAAAGUGGGCCCGGGAGGGACACUACGGCUGGGCUUGGAUCUGACAGGAGAAAGAUGCUCAGUGCAAAACCGACGAGAAUAGUCCACACGGCUUCCGACACGGAGCCGUUGUAUCGCUGCUUCGCCAACACGAUGAACUGGGUGCGCCGAGGCCAAGAAAAAGAAGGAGCGGCCGCGGUCCAGCAGGAGCAAAGAGCCCAAGGGCUAAUCGAGGACGCGGCGGAUGGGGAAGGCGGCGACGACGCCAACCUAAGCCAGAUGAAGAAGAAGCGCAAGAAGGCGCGCAUCGAGGCGCGAGCGGGCCAGCAGGACGGCUCGGGCGCCGGCACGUGGCCGGCGUCGGCCUACCCGGCGCAGAACCCCUUCACGGGCUGCUGGGAGACCGAGGACCUGGGCGCGGCCACGUCCUGCAGCGGCUGGGAGGCCGACGAGGACCUGGACCGCAGGCGCAAGGGGUUCCGGUACUACCUCCUCCGCCCCGCCACCGGCCCGCCGCCCAGGCGCCUCAUCCCGAUCCGACCCGACGGGACGCUGACCGAGGCGCUUCAUGGGCGGACCGUGCUUGAGUAUCCGACCGUCUACGUCAUCCCCAUCGACCGCGGCGCGAGCGGCAGCAGCCCGCCGCUGCUGCCCAGGGGCCACGCGGAGGCGCCCGCCGGGGACAGGCGACCGCCCAGGCCGCCCCCGCCCGUGAAGCAGGAGCCGGAACAGGAAGUCACCAACGGGGGGCGAGGCUGGGGGAAGAACGCGGGCCGGCGGGGAGGUCGGGAGCAAAGCGGUGGCGGCAAGGCGGGCAUGGCGACGGGCAGGGGUGGGCUGCAGGGAAGCUACAACAACAACAACAACAACCCCCGAGAUCGCAAGCGGAAGCCGUCGGAGCAGCACCGGCAGCAGCGCGCGCCCGAGAAGAAGAUCAGGGUCGAGGAGGGCCCCGACGAUGACGCCGCCGCCAUGGAGGACGGCGAGGUGGGCGACGGCGACGGCGGAGGCGCCGCGCUGGCCGCCGUGGCCGCAGCGGUCGCGCUCGACCAGGCCGUCGACGCCCGUGUGGUCCGGGCCGCGCUGCUCAAGGCGGAGGAGACGCAGGGCGCGGCGCCGGGCGGGCUCGUCGCCUACGAAUCCGAUAGCGAAUGAGGCGAUUGGCAGGGGUUUCGGAGCUCGGCUUUAAUAUUGCAUGUUGACUGUGCUGGUGCUUCUUUGUGGCCGUCCAUAUAUAUACCCAGACGCAGACUACGUUGUGUGUCGCUACGACACUGCUUUACAACACGGGCUUGUUCCGCCUAUCGACGGAGAAAUCGCAUGUGAACAGACACACGGACGAUGU